CUUCAAUGGACGUGACUACUUACUUGUGCAUUCAUUUACUAUAUUUUAUAUAUCGUCGUGGCUUGGAUGGUAUGACAUUUUGGAGGUGUGGCGUUUCGUCGGUUACAUUUUGUAACCGAAAGGGCUACAGCGGCUCUCCGCGACGAACGACGAUGAGCUUGACGUGGAAGGGUUCCAAGCACCCCCCUGCUUAUAGCUCGGUGGUUGCAGGCCAAGAGCAGCCAAAACGACCCAUCCGCACGAAGCCUAGCUUAGCGUCCGUUGGUUGCCCUCGUGGUAUUCCAGCCAGCGAACGGCCAUCGAUCCAGUCACGCGAAAGCGGCAACGCUGAAAACGCAGCGGAGAUCCGUGACCGCCGAGACGACGUGGAGUUCAGGGCUGACGACGAGUUUUUCAUUUUCGAAGGCACUGGCACGUCCCACCGAGCUUUGGAAGCGGUCAAUCGAAGUGCUAUCGCCAAGAUCCGCGAGCAAAGUGUAUUGAUCGAGCGACUCAAACACGACAAGGCCCUGCUAGAGGAGAAGCUCACGUUGACACAACAUGAUCUACGAUUGCAGCAACAAGUACAACACAGUUUAGUCGCGAGCAAAACGUUGUUAGAAAACAGCCAAUUGCCCCACCUUGGUGUGGGACACGACGGAGUCGUUAAAGCCUCACCUGCUGGGGGUCGAUCGCCAGCACGUCCGUCGUCUCAAGGCCGAGCGAGCCCGCGAAAAGUAGUAUCGGCCACGGUGCAAAUGAGUCCCGCGGAACAGCGCGAAUUGGAAACGUUACGGCUUAAAGUGCACGCGUUAGAGAGUGAGAAAAAGGACCGGAACGCGGACUUUGCGGUUCAAACCAAGACGUUUCAGCGGCGCAUCAAGAAAUUGCAACAAGAGUUGCGCGACCGCGACGACAUCGUCAUGGGAAAAGACGCCCAGAUCAACGUGCUGCAAAUUCGAAGUUUGCACCAAGUGCCGCUGCUCCAAGGCAUCCAUCCCACGCCACGAAUGCUCACAGACGAAAUGUGGCUGUCGGUGCCGCCGUUGAAAACGCACAUUGAGUCGUCCAACGUUGCAAAAUCCAACGUCGGCGGUGCGUUCGACGCGCUAGUGUCCAAGAAGUUUAUGGAUUCGAUACGGAAACUCCCGGGGCACUAUCACGAAGCGUGGCUUACGGAACUGCAGGAGACGGCAACGAAAUUGUCCUUGUUGCACACUGGGCUCAAGGCGAUGUGCGGAGUCUUUCACCGACUCGCGUCUUGCUGCGAUUUGUACGACAUGGUGCGGCUGAUAUCGGCCGAAGCGUGCGCCCUUGCAAAUGCUGAAGAGGCGUUUGUGUUUGUGGUCGAUCCAGUGCAAAAGCAAGAGUUUUGGAGUCGGAUUUGUCGCGCAGAUGGCGAAACCAUCACCGCGAGGUCCAACAUCCCGCACAUUUCCCUCGACCAACAAACAGCAUACAACGAAUACCUGGCCAAACAACCCCAUCACGUUGCUCACGAUGUCCCGAUACGCCUGAGCAACGACCACAGCAACCAUCACCCGCAGCACAAUCACACAACUACGAGUUCGUUGGAGUCGGCCGACAGCGACGAGAGGUCGCCUAUGCACCAAGGACGUCUGUCUCAACUCUUGUCGCAGCCGGCUCCAGGCUUUGCCUCGUACGUGUACCACACCAAAGAAGUGCUCAACAUCCCUGGCUGCAAACUGUUUGGCCAUCCGCUGUACAGCGGCGGACACAUGAAUUCGGACCGGUUCAUCAAGUUGAAAAGCUCGUCGACCAUGUUGCUUCCGAUAUGCGACGGCGACGACCGUGAACCGCUGGCGGUGCUGCAAGUGUGUGGCAAGACACAUCACUUUCGCGGCAUGGGGGUGACUGUGACGGUGGAAAACUGUUUGUCGUUUACCCAAGAAGACGAGUACCUGCUGUCGGGGUUGGCGAAUUUCUGCAGCGGGCUCUUGGCCAAAGUCAUGACGUUCACUGAAGUCGAACGCACGCGAAAAAGCGAAACGGUGCUGCUCACUUUGUCGCGUCAAAUCUUCACUUGCCUCGACUUUCCCAAACUGUCGAUGCUUGUGAUGCAGUCGACCAAGGAACUCCUGGAUGCAGACCGAUGUACGCUGUUUGUGACGAAAACGAUCCCAAACAACGAACAUGUCCUAUGUGCGUGGCAAAGCGACAUCAACAACGGCACGGUGCACCAUUCGUGGAGAAAUCGAGGACAUGAAGUUGUGGUCCACAUGGGCCAAGGCAUUGCUGGAGCUUGUGCCGAGACGCGGCGGCUGAUCAACGUGCCCGAUGCGUACGAAGACAAGCGCUUUAAUCGGGCCUGGGACGACAAGACAAAGUAUCGGACCAAGAGCAUCUUGGCCAUGCCCAUCAUCAGCAGCAAGGACAGUCUCUUGGGGGUGAUUCAAAUGAUCAACAAAUCAGGCGGCACCGCGUUCAAAGCCAAGGACGAAGAGCACAUUGCAAUGGUGUCGCAACUGAUUGCGUUGGCGAUGGAAAACAACAACUUGUUCCAGAAAACCCAGGAUGUGAGCAAGUGUAUUGGCACGUACAUCCGCCACUUGCCGCUCAACGAAGCGUUGCUCAACAUGAAUACGCACGCAGAAGAAAUUGUGGGGGUACAAAUCGCGUGCAUUUACUUGAACGACGAGCGCACCAACGAAUUGUACACGUACCACCGCCUUCGAAAGACUCGCGUGGACAUCAAACCAUCCAGUUACAAGAAUAGCAUCCUCGAAGAAGCCCUGUCCUUGAAAGAACCGCUGAUCGUCAACAACGUUUCUCAAUAUACACACUACAAUCCAGCGGUGGAUACCCUCAAUGGCAUCGCUGCCCAGCAGGUCAUGUUUGUGCCGCUGUUCCAGGACGGCAAGAACGGCAUCGACGACCGCGUGUUUAUUGGGCUGCUGCAGCUCGUAAACCGAAAAGGCACGACCCACGACUUUGACUAUGACGAUUCACUGGUCGCGAUCAUUGCAAACCAAGUGUCGGGCAUCCUCAUGAGUAUCAUCGAGCGUCAAACCAUGCAUCAACUUCACGAAGACACCAAGUUGCUCUUGGAAACAUGCAUGUCGUUCUACAAGGAGUUGAACCAUGUUGGGAUUAUGAACGCCGUGUACAACGCCACCAUGUCGACGUUUUCAAUCGACAAAGGGCAGUUGUGGCUCUGGACUAGCGACCGCUCGAGCAUGUGGACAUCCAAACUCCUUCCGUCGGACGAAAUCAAGUUUAUCAACCCGACGUUACAACGUCGACUGUCCGUGUCUUCAAAUGAUCGGAUCGAAGUAUCUUGUUCCGAAGGGCUAUUGAAGCGUGUGGUGAGCGAAGGCAAGGUCGUGUCUGUGAAACGAUGGGACUACAUUGGGGAUGGCGGCAACCAAGACGGCAUUCAACGGAUCACUUCCACCGACAAGAACGCAUGCUUUACAGACUACUCGAUCACUGCGUGUCCUGUGUGGGACUCAUUUGGCAUUGAAGUCAUUGGCGUUGUGAUGCUCAUGUAUCCCCGCGGCCGCAACCUCCACCGCCUCGAGUUGUCCAAAAUUCCCAUUUUCACAAGACAGAUUACGGGAGCACUCAUGGUCUGCCGCGACGUGUCGCAGUAUAUUCAUCGCGUCCAGAGAAUGCAAGACUUGCUGGAAGAGUACACGUCUGCCACGCGUGCAAGUGCGACGCUGUUCAACAUGAACCUUGUCACUGUGGGCAAGCCCGCCCCGACUACGCUGUCGUCGCCGUAUGGGUUUUCACUGGCUGUGACCAUCGACAGCAGCGGCGCAUUGCGCUCAUCCACGUACCCCGUCAACAUGUUUACACGAGGCUUUUCGCUUUGUUCGACACAUGACAUUCUUCGGCUGCCCGUGGACGCCCACGGCAACCGCCACGUGAUUCAAGUCACCGCGGCGUCGCAGCCCCACUACGAAAGCAAUCACUUUGACAAAUGGAUGGGACGGGAUGUGGUGGCCGGCGACUGGGAAAAAAUCAAAUUUGACCUGCACAACGCGUUCAGUCGCAAAGAAACGCUCACGGCGUACUACAGCACGACGCAUGCGCAGUCGCUCCAGUUUGUAAACACCCUCGAGACGGUGAUUUCGUCGGCGGCGCAGAAUUCGAUUGCAAUCAACGGCACUUUGUCGUCGAAGCAACAGCCGAUGGCAGUCGCCAUGCCCGACGCCAGUAUUCGCAAAGAAAUCGCGUUGUUCCUGUGGCAAUUUUGCUCGGCCGAUUUGAAAAUCCACCUCGACAAAGUAUUUGCCUUGUUCUCGCCGUAUGACCCCAAGGCCACGGGAUGUGUCGACCCGGCCGACUUUGAGUACGUUGUCAAGGCGUGGGGAGUCCACCUCAACCACCACGAAUACGAUGCCCUGUAUAAAUGCUUUGCGUUACCCGUGGGGCCUUCGCUGGACAUGCCAUACGGCGACGACGGCACGGACGUUCCGUACAGCAUCGAUUACAGGAACGUAUUUGAGACGUUGGCGCCGCAUUUUAUUCGACACACGCACUUCCAGCACGAGAUUUUCCCCACACUCCACCCCACCACGCACGUCAUUACAAGCGUCCAGCUGUUCUUUACGCCCAUGAGCCACGACGGCGUCGUCGUACCCACGGCCCUCAUGGCGGCCGACGACGACGACAACGCCGUGUCACAUUAGCACGACAUAGAAAUGUGAUGUGUGACACUGUUUAUUGCUGUUUCACGGGCACCGCACUCCACGUUCCCGUCACUUUGACCACCACCACGACAUGCAACAACCCCACGAAAGCACUGGCCAUGGCUUGGCCGGUGGUCCCCAAAUUCGCACGGCCCCAACCGCCGCUGUAAAACCCUAAGGAUAGCGCAGUGCCUAGAACAACAACAACAGCAGAGAUAUUAUCAACAUCC